GCGAGAAUGAACAAGACCUGUGAAAUGAAAUACAAAAUGAUGGACAGCCCUUUGGGGAAGAUCGAGAUCUCUGGCUGUGAGCAGGGUCUGCACGGGAUAAAGCUGCAAGGCCGGAAGAUCCCAGACACUGACCCCGUGGAGGCCCCCGCUCCUCCUGAGCAGCUCGGAGCUCCAGAGGAAGUGACAGAGCCCCUGGCGCAGUGUGCGGCUUGGCUGGGUGCCUAUUUCCAUGAACCUGCGGUCCUCGAGGAGCGCCCCGUGCCUGCUCUUCACCAUCCCAUUUUCCAGAAAGAUUCGUUCACCAGACAGGCGCUAUGGAAGCUGCAGAAGGCUGCGAAAUUCGGAGAAACGGUUUCUUACCAGCAAUUAGCGGCGCUGGCGGGCAACCCCAAAGCAGCGCGGGCCGUGGGAGAGGCGAUGAGAAGCAAUCCUAUUCCCAUCCUUAUCCCGUGCCAUAGAGUGGUCUGCAGCAGCGGAGCCCUGGGCGGCUACUCUGGAGGCGUGGCUGUAAAAGAGUGGCUUCUGGCCCACGAAGGCGGCUCGGCGGGGAAACCGGCAUGUGGAGGGGGCUCCCGUCCAGCGAGAACCUGGCACGGGGCCCUGGGUGGCGCCACCAGCUCCCAGCCUGCUGGCCAGGAUUGA